AUAACUGCGCAACUGGAAAGUGCAGUGCGCGCCUGGGGGGCGUCAACGAAGCAUCAACAGGUGGUCCGCCGCGAGCAACAGAUCUGCGGAGAGAUCAUGAGCUCGGUGGCGAACGCGGCCGCCUCGGCGGCUGCACCGGCGGCCAUGGAGACCAUCGUGGCCGUGGCCCUCGGCGCCCUGGCCGCCGUCUUCCUCGGGGCUCUCUUCGUGCUGCUCGUCAUCUGCCGUCGACAGCGCUGUUACUAUAAUCACAAGGACUCGCCGGACAUGAGCUCGGACCUGCUCGACGGAGACAGCGCUUUGGGCCUCGGACUGGACGCCUGGGAGAGCGACGAGUGGCUCGCCGGAGCCGAGAGGUGGGUGGACGACGCCACUGGACUCGCACCGCCCUGCAUCGCCGUGCUCAGGUCUUGUCAUUCACUUGCCACCAGUCUCACCACCAUCGCCGGCACUGUCAACAGCAACACCGUGCCCCUGGAAAUCGUUGACGUAGCUAGACGUAUUCCACCGCGCGUCGACGAUGUUGUUCGCAGUCUUUACCCACCUCUGGACGCUCGCUUAUUGGAAGCGCGAGUCGCCGCUUUAGUGCUCGCGGUGACUCAUCUUGCCCUCGUCACCAAGCACGGUGUUCCAAAAAGUCAAGCGCGCAAGCUUGCGUUCAUCGACCAAGCGCUUCACGACAUGGAUUCGCAUUUACUUGUACUGAGGAAUGCUGCAUUGGCACAGGAAGCGGCUUGUGCUAUUCCGGCAUCAACACCCGUAUAGUUUGUAGUUGUA